UAUAAAAUAAAAAUUAAUAAAUUAUUGUUAUAAUAACAAAACAAAACAAUCAUGAAGCUCGUAAGAUUUUUGAUGAAAUUGAGUCAUGAAACAGUGACAAUUGAAUUAAAAAAUGGUACCCAAGUUCAUGGAACAAUUACUGGUGUUGAUGUGGCAAUGAAUACUCAUCUUAAAACAGUCAAAAUGACAAUUAAAAAUCGUGAUCCAGUUCAAUUGGAUACUUUGAGUUUACGUGGAAAUAAUAUUAGAUAUUAUAUAUUGCCAGAUUCAUUACCACUUGAGACACUUCUCAUUGAUGACACACCAAAAGCUAAAGCUAAGAAAAAGGAAGCUGCAAGAGGUGCUGCACGAGGACGUGGUCGUGGUGGACGUGGUGCACGAGGUGGUAGAGGUGGUAGAGGAAGAGGACGAGGACGACGAUAGUCAAUACAAAAAAUCUUUUUAUAAAAUUUAAAAACAAAAAAUACAAACACUCUUCUUUUUCCACCAACAACAACAAAAACAAAAACAAGUUUACGUUAAAAAUUCAA